AAAUCCUUGAUUCUACAGUUCUAUUGAAAACCCUAAUUCGUUUUCGUUGAUUUUACUCUGAAAUUAGGGCUCGAAGCUUUCAAGGUGGGUUCUGCGCCACGUUAAUGGCGGAAACUACUAACACAGAGGAGCCUGUAUUUGAUGUGAAGCGCAAAGUUGAUCCCUGCUCUGAAGAGAAACAGGAGCGUUCGAACAAAAUUCAGAAGCUCGAAGUGGUUGAGGGCGAUUCCUGCAAUGCUGUGAAGAAUGGUGUGAGUGGUGAAGGGAUUGAUGGCGAUUCUUUGGUUGAGGGAGGGAAAGAUGGUGGAGUUUGUGUGGAUGUGGGAGAAGCAGAAGAUGAGGAUUACGAGGAGGUGGACAGCGACGAGGAUGAGGAGGAAGAUGACAGUGACGAUGGUGGAAAGUUGAGUGGGAAAGUGGAUGAGGAUCGUAAGGGGAAGGGUAUCAUGAAGGACGACAAAGGAAAAGGGAAAUUUAUUGAGGAGGAGGAAGACGACGACGACGACGAUGAUGGAAGUGAGUUAGGCUCUGAAGAGAGCGAUUUGUCGGAUGAUCCGCUUACGGAGGUCGAUUUGGACAACAUACUUCCUUCAAGAACGCGGAGGCGGACUGUUCAUCCUGGAGUUUAUUUUGCUACGGAUCUGGGGAACGACAACGAUGAUAGCAGCGAUAGCGAUGCUUGAAUCUAGACGAGGAAGUCCUACGCCCUCAUAUUCUUCUUUCUUCUUUGGUGAUGGUGUUCCCUUUGGCUGUGGAGGCUUGCGGCGGCGACGACGACGACGACUUUUGUCUAUCACCACGACGUCAGGCUCCAAACAACUAACUCCAAAUGAUGGCCCCCCAUGUAAAACGACAGAUUACGGUGACUAAAUCAACUCGCGAACCAGCAUUGUAGUCCUCCAUGAAAAUGAGAGGAAUGAAAUUUGGCUAAAUUAAUAGAAAUACUCUUUUGACCAAAGUCAUUUUA